AUGGAGGCUACCAAGAUCUCACCCUUCCCUCCGACCUUGACGCGCGCGGACCGCGAAUUCAUCCUCCUCGCCCACGAGGUCGGUCACUCCAAGAUCUGCAGACCCUGCCAGAGGUCGAUCCUCACCACCUUCUGCGAGCUCUCCAACUACCACAACACCGGCCUGCAGCUCACCACAGACCAGGUCCUCAAAAUCGACCUCUACCCGGCGGCAGUCCGGCAACUCGCCCAGGCCGUCCUCGACGAGCAGCUCACCUGGGUCCUCGACGACCCGGACAGAUACACCCAUCUCCUGCACAACGAGUGGCUCGACCUCUUCACGCGCGGCUCCCCCACCACCUCCCGGGCCACCGACGAGAAGUGGCUCACCAAGCUGUGGUUCGCCACGGCGGGGCAGUACACCGUGUCCGACCUGGCGCGCGGCCGCGCCUACGCCGACGCGCGCGACCCGGCCGCGUUCGAGGAGAUGCACCUGCGCCGGCUGCAGGCCGGCGCGCGGCCCUUGCACGGCGCCGCGUGCCGGUGCCCGGAGGCGCGGGGCGACUGGGGCCUGACGCCGGCCGAGCGCGUCGCCGAGGGCCACCACCCCGUGCUGAUGCGCUACACGGACCACGCGAUCAAGGAGGUGUACCGCCGGUUUCUUGAGGCGCGGCAGCCUGCGGGAGCGGGCGGGCUGGGACGGCCGCCGCUGGCGGUUGUGUGGCGGGAGCGGGGGAUGCAGGAGGGAUUUAGGGCGCUGGUGGAGGAGAUUGGCCCGUUGAGGCAGCGGAGGGAGGGGAGGAUGGAGAGGGAUCGGGAGAUUGCCAUCGCCGCGAUGGCCCUUGGCGAGGUGGCGGAUGCUGAGGGUGGGAAUCAGGGUGAGCGCGGUGAGCAAGAGUAG